CUGUAGAAAUCUACAUUUGCCGUCUUUCUUAAUUUAGCCACAGCAAGCAUAUAGAGAGCUACCACUCCCAAGGAAAUGAGGAAUGGUCCAGUAGUAUGAAAUCACAGAGAAGAUGCCUUCUGCAGCCUGCGAUAUGCUACUGGAUGACAUAGAAGAUAUUGUAUCACAGGAAGAUUCAAAGCCACAGGAUAGGCAUUUUUCAAGAAAGCAUGUUGUUCCAAAGGUGCGAAGAAGAAAUACCCAGACAUAUUUGCAAGAGGAAAACAGUCCACCAAGUGAUAGCACUAUUCCAGGCAUACAGAAAAUUUGGAUACGCACGUGGGGUUGUUCACAUAAUAAUUCAGAUGGAGAAUAUAUGGCUGGACAGCUAGCUGCUUAUGGCUAUAAAAUUACAGAAAAUCCUUCUGAAGCAGAUUUAUGGCUCCUCAACAGUUGUACUGUAAAAAACCCAGCUGAAGACCACUUUAGAAACUCAAUUAAAAAAGCUCAAGAAGAAAACAAGAAAGUAGUGCUGGCCGGAUGUGUUCCUCAAGCCCAGCCUCGUCAGGACUACCUCAAGGGACUGAGUAUCAUUGGGGUUCAACAGAUAGAUCGUGUGGUAGAAGUUGUAGAAGAAACAAUUAAAGGUCACUCUGUGCGACUGCUGGGUCAGAAGAAGGAUAAUGGAAAGCGGUUGGGGGGAGCUCGAUUGGAUUUGCCCAAGAUUAGGAAGAAUCCACUGAUAGAAAUCAUUUCCAUCAAUACUGGGUGUCUCAAUGCUUGUACCUACUGCAAAACUAAACAUGCCAGAGGAAAUUUGGCCAGUUAUCCUAUUGAUGAACUAGUGGAUAGAGCUAAACAAUCUUUUCAAGAGGGUGUUUGUGAGAUAUGGUUGACCAGUGAAGACACAGGGGCCUACGGCAGAGAUAUUGGCACCGAUCUCCCCACGCUCCUGUGGAAGCUGGUGGAAGUGAUUCCCGAGGGAGCAAUGCUGAGGCUUGGCAUGACAAAUCCGCCCUAUAUCUUAGAGCAUCUGGAGGAAAUGGCGAAAAUCCUCAAUCAUCCCCGAGUCUACGCAUUCCUCCACAUCCCCGUCCAGACUGCCUCUGACAGUGUGCUCAUGGAAAUGAAAAGAGAAUACUGCGUGGCCGACUUCAAAAGAGUAGUGGAUUUUCUGAAAGAGAAAGUUCCUGGAAUAACUAUUGCUACAGAUAUUAUCUGUGGUUUUCCUGGAGAAACAGAUCAGGAUUUUCAAGAAACAGUGAAACUCGUUGAAGAGUACAAAUUUCCAAGCCUCUUCAUUAACCAGUUUUACCCAAGACCAGGAACUCCUGCUGCAAAAAUGGAACAAGUUCCAGCACAAGUGAAAAAGCAAAGGACAAAAGAUCUGUCUCAGAUAUUUCAUUCUUACAAUCCAUAUGAUCACAAGAUUGGUGAAAAACAACAAGUGUUAGUAACAGAAGAGUCUUUCGAUUCCAAGUUUUAUGUUGCACACAAUCGAUUUUAUGAGCAGGUUUUAGUGCCAAAGAACCCUUCGUUCAUGGGGAAAAUGGUCGAAGUGGACAUUUAUGAGUCAGGAAAACAUUUUAUGAAAGGGCAACCAGUAUCAGACGCCAAAGUAUACACACCGUCCAUCAGCAAACCAUUAGCAAAGGGACAAGUCUCAGGUUUAACAAAGGAAUUCAGAAACACGCUUGGGAUCCACCCGAAUCUGAUGUCCCAUUCCCAUGCUGCAACCCCGCGCGACUCCGCGCUGCCUCAAGACUGUGCGUGGAGGGCAGCCGUGGGCCUAGCUCUCGUUGCUCUUCUGUUUGCCUUUUUUGCCAAGGUCUAUAAUUAGCACACAACGAAACGAAGCAUCUGUGAAGACUGCAUUUCUAAUUAAAACCUUCAGUGAGCAGGAAAGUGACCGCGUCCGUUCUGGAAGGGCCGUACCAUGUGCGUGCUGUGUGGCCUCCUCUUCUGCCCGCUCGUAAUGAGGCUGACCCAUCUCACACUGCGUUGAGCCCAUUGGCUAUCUGACCUAAAACUGAAUUGCAACUGCCACAGCACAUCUUUCAAACUGAACUCCUUUUGGCUUAUGUUUAGCAAGCAAUGCAAAUGGUUGCAUUUUUUAAAAGUCUCCAGUCUUCAGGUGCAAACCCAGCUACCAUGGUAUUGGUCAACUUCUCCUCAUGUGGAAGAAUUCUUGAUCCUCUGUAAAUAUUUUAAGGCGUGUCUGCUUUAUGCUUUGUUUGGCGUUCCAGGGCUGCAAACAUCUUUUUCACAGCAGAUGUGUUCCUGAAAAGUUUACACAGAAGCCUAUUUUUGGAACCUGAAUCCUUUAGGAAUGUGCAGGAGAGUCUAGCACUUCAAGGACCGCUGGCAGUGUUCUCCAAAACACGAGGAAUCACCCACUUCUAUAGCACCCACAAACUUUGAAAUGCUAGAUUUAUCAAGAGCAAACUGUUUCCCUUUUUCUGGUGUCUUUGAUCAACCAGAUCACCAUUUUAUUUCUACCUGACAACACUGAUCUUUCCUAAGUGAAAUUCCUUCACAAUAAAAGGAAUUGAUGUAAUAAGUAAAUCCUUUGUCUAUCAGAAUUUAAAUAAGUUACUUAGACUGUAUGGGCACAAGUAAAUCAAGUGCCUUGUGGUUACCAAUGAUUAUUUUCCUCGAAACCCUUGCCUUUGUUCUUCUAUGUGUCAUCUAAGGAGCACAAAUUAAAGUUUAAGUACGACAUCAGUCAGUUAAUUUAAAAAAAGUACAUAUGCAUGCUUGCACUGCUUACACGGUAGGGUUGGUGCAGUUCCACUAAACCUGCUGAGUGCUUCAGGGGGAGCUCGUAAGUAAGGUGGGAAGCUCUGCUGUGUCCCUCAGUCCAGUCGGAGCACAGCGCACCUCAGCAGGAAUGAGGAUGAGUGAUACCAGAUCGUAGGCGCCCGCCACCUACUUCCGUUCUUGAAUUCUAUGCAUGUUACUUCUUUGUUAAUAAACAGUGGGUCCCAGCGUGGAGCUCACUGAACAAAAGACUAGCGGUGAUCAAAAUAGCACGUAAAGCCCAGAGUCGCACUGUGUGGGACAUAAGAAAUGCUUUAGACCUAUAACUAGCAGAAGACAGGUGUAGUGUUUUGUUUUUCUACUUUAUUUUUCUCACUCCCCUGACCCCCAGCUCUGUGCUUUCCCCUGCUCCACUCUCCUUCCUUCCUUUUUUGCUUAUAAGAGAUGAUUCAAGGACUGUUUCCUGUAUCCAGGACUGUCCCCACCCCACCACAACCGUGACUUGCCGUUAAGCUGCAGCUCGUCUCUGUUCUUUGGUCCAGAAAAGAACCAACACCAGAAGAAGGGCCUGGAGCAGAGCCAGUGGCAGCCACCCUGUUGGUAACCAAUUGGCAAGGGGGGUGGCAAACUUUUUCUUACACUAUUAGAGUAAAACAUACACAAAUCACAAGAAUUUUUAAAAAGUGAGUACACACUCUAGCCAGCGCCAGAGGGCUCCUCGUGUACCUUCCUGGCCGUUAGCUCUGCUCGCUCAGAAGCACUGCCCUAUCUCUAACAUUGUAGAUUGACGUGCGUGUGUAUAGAUGGACUCACACAAAGUGCACCAUCUCAGUCUGCCGGCCUUCGCUCAACAGCUACGUGAGCCGCAUCUGUGCUGUUGUAUACUGCAGUGGCUCCCUGAUGCGCUCUGUUGAGCAGUAUUUAUUCUGUGAUCUGCAGUACCACCUGGGAUUUAUUCACUCUACAUUUUCAGUUGUGGCCAGUGGUUUUUUUUGCCAUUGUGCAUCACGCCGCUGUGCGGAUGUUUGGAGCACAGUGUCUGAGUGCUGAGCAUAUGUCUAGGCGCUGAAGUGCUCGGUCCCUGCAUGUGCACGUACUCUGGUUAGCAGCCACUGCCGUGUGGCUGUCUGAAGUGGUGGUGCCGGUCCACAUCCUGCCAGCUGCUGACGUGGACUCUGCCAUUCUCCUCGCUCUUUUCUCUCUGUACCUUUUUUAUUCUUCAGCAGACUGUCUCCGCUGGCUAUUUUAAUAAUAAGAGCCAUUAACUAGCUUUAAAGCACUAGGUGUGUAUAUACACUGUACAGAUGCUACUGAGUCCUGAAGAAACAACUCUGGGAUAGGUAUUGUUUCCCUUUCAAGGAGGAAAAAAAUCAGACUCACAAGAUGAACUUGCGCAGGAGCCUCGGAGCUACCGAGCAGAAUUUGAACGCAGACGCCAAACCUAAGGUCCUAUGUUGUGAAAUCUUCCCACACCCUGAGCCUGUGUUUGACCUCAACUUGGUCUAUGUCAACAGAUAGGCAGCUAGGGUGGUUAUGUGGAUGUCUGGGUUCUGGGGGGGCCCAGCUCUUCCUUCAGCAUUGUCUUGCUCCAAGAAUGGACAUGGCACAUGAUAAACAUUUUAAAGAAAUGAGUCAGGUAUUUUUUCCUUUCUCCUUCCUCCCUUUCUUCUUGUCCCCUCUUCACUAACUACAAAACACUCCAUUUGAGAGUGAAAAGAAUUCUUUGGUAAGAACGUAGCACCUGGGAAAAUGUGUCUAAAUACCAGAUUUCCAUAUGUACUUCAAAUUAAAACAUAUACCAACUUCAUAUGUUGACUUCAUUCCAGGUUGAAAUUUCAGUAUCCGUUAUGAAAUGUCACAGUUAGAGAAUUCAAGUCAUGAAUGAAGCUUCAAGAGGGUUUUGUCAUCACAAAACAGAAACAAAAGGGAGAGGGAGGAAUGGGAGUAAGCAGGGGAGAAAUGGGAAAAACUGUUAAGGUUUUUAACAACAACUAAAAAAUAUGAGACGUGGAAACCAUUUCACUAUGUCUGUAUAUACCAAAGCAUCAUGUGGUAUAAAAUAUAGACAAUAAAAAUGAAUAUGCAUACAUAAAAGGCUUGCCUGGUGCUACAGUGUACUCACAGGAGUACCCUGGAAUGCUUUAAAUUUUGAAAGAAACAUCAGUCCCUGUCAGAUGCCACCCCAGCUACUAGUUCCCAAUAAUAGCCUAGUUUCCAACCUUUGUGCAGCAUUUUUCAAAACUCCGUUUCUUUAUAAAACUGAGCAUUUGGUAGUUGCCAUGGUAAAAAGCAAAUAUCAAGUGCAAAGCAAUGUGGAACAAGAAACGAACAUGAUUAUCUUCCAAGGUCUGAAAUGCGGCACGGUGCCCUGCAGAUGUACACAUGCCGUUAUUGACUGUGGUCAUUUUAAUGUGAAAUAAAACAUGUUUUCUUCCGA